AUGUCCGAAGCCACUCUCUCCUCCAAGCAAACCAUCGAAUGGGAAAACAAAUACUCCGCUCAUAACUACCACCCCUUGCCCGUGGUUUUUCACAAGGCAAAGGGCGCACACGUGUGGGAUCCGGAGGGUAAGCAGUACCUGGACUUCCUCAGCGCUUAUUCCGCCGUCAACCAGGGCCAUUGCCACCCUCACAUCAUCAAAGCUUUGACGGAACAAGCACAAACGCUCACAUUGUCGUCCAGAGCGUUCCACAAUGACGUUUACGCGCAGUUCGCCAAGUUCGUGACUGAAUUCUUCGGCUUCGAAACCGUGCUACCCAUGAACACCGGUGCAGAGGCCGUAGAAACUGCUCUGAAGUUGGCAAGAAGAUGGGGUUACAUGAAGAAAAAUAUCCCUCAAGACAAGGCCAUCAUCUUAGGUGCCGAGGGUAACUUCCACGGAAGAACUUUCGGUGCCAUCAGUUUGAGUACCGACUACGAGGACUCCAAGCUGCAUUUUGGGCCUUUCGUGCCCAACGUUGCCAGUGGCCAUUCCGUGCACAAGAUCAGAUACGGCCAUGCAGAGGACUUUGUUCCCAUCUUGGAGUCCCCUGAGGGUAAGAACGUUGCCGCCAUUAUUUUGGAACCCAUUCAAGGUGAAGCCGGUAUUGUGGUCCCCCCUGCAGACUACUUCCCAAAGGUCUCCGCUUUAUGCCGCAAGCACAACGUCCUGUUGAUCAUUGACGAGAUUCAAACUGGUAUUGGCAGAACCGGUGAGUUGCUGUGCUACGACCACUACAAGGUCGACUGCAAGCCUGACAUUGUCCUAUUGGGUAAGGCGCUCUCAGGCGGUGUUCUUCCCGUCUCGUGUGUUCUGUCUUCCCACGACAUCAUGUCUUGCUUUACCCCGGGAUCUCACGGUUCUACUUUCGGCGGUAAUCCAUUGGCCUCUCGUGUGGCCAUUGCCGCUCUGGAGGUCAUCCGCGACGAGAAGUUGUGCCAAAGAGCCGCCCAACUGGGCGGCUCUUUCAUCGCCCAGUUGAAAGCUCUCCAAGCCAAGUCUAAUGGUGUUAUCUCCGAAGUGCGUGGUAUGGGGCUGCUUACCGCUAUCGUCAUCGACCCAUCUAAAGCCAACGGCAAGACCGCUUGGGACCUGUGUCUGCUGAUGAAGGACCACGGCCUCUUGGCUAAGCCCACCCACGACCACAUCAUCAGAUUGGCUCCCCCACUGGUCAUCUCUGAAGAGGACUUGCAAACCGGUGUCGAUACCAUCGCCAAAUGUAUCGGUAUGUUAUAA